CGUGCUCCGCGGAUCGCACUGGUAUUAUGGGAUGCGGGACGGGGGAGGAAUGGCGCUGGGCGCGUGAUUUUGAACAAACGCUCCGUGUCCCGGCGACCGCGGCUCAGUGAGAGGGCGGGGGAGCCGCCACCGCCACCAGGCCCGGCCCGGCCCGCAGCACCGCCAGCCUCCCCGCACAACAACGGUCUGCCCGUCAACGCCGAUUUUCGUUUUAGCUGUACUUCACCGUACUUGUGCAUAUUACAAUAAAUUCAAGUUGACUUGAUCAAAACAUAAAGUGCUGGAGGAACUCGGUCGAUCAGACAACUUCUGUGGAGGGAAAUGGACAGAUGACGUUUCAGAUUCAAAUAAUUGUUAUAAACAGAAGAAAUGUCAAUGUGGAAACAUUUGAUGAUAUCAACAUGUAACUACAGAGGAUAAUUGGAAACUGAGGAAUUCACUAACUUCUGAGGCUGCAAGUUCCACAUCUCAGUCCUAAAUAUCUUGUUCCGCAAUCUGAAUCUGUGACUCAUCAUUUUGGACGUCCCAGCCAGGGGAAUGUAAUUACCGAGUCUUUGCAAAGUAUCUGCAGUAUUAAGAUGGAGGUGGUUUCGGCUGAGGUGGUUAGUCUGCUUCCCGAGGAGAUAAUGGACACAACUGUUGUCGAUGAAGACACUAUUGAGGCUGUCACAAUAACAUCAGAGCAUGAGGAAUUAGUUCCCAUGGAAACUGAACUGGAGGAAAUUGUACAUCCAGAUGAAGGCAAGCACUCCCAGGUUCUGUCAAGCCUUGCAGACCACGUAACUGUGUUGACAAAUAGUAGUACUAUUUUAAGUGCACCAUUGAUAAAAAUGGAAGUAAACCUUGACAGUUCAUCACAGCCUACAAGUAAAAUCAACCAUCCAAGUACAACUGGUGGAUCUUCGGCAGAAAAUCAAGUUGUUCUCAAAGCAGUCUCUGGAACUGUUGAUCAUCCUACUUUAAGCCAGGUUAUUAAAUCUGAGCCAAUAGAACAACAGUUUGUGGUGACCACUCUUGGAAAGUCCAGACAGUCCAUCGUACUUUCGUUGCCGUCAUGUCAGGUAGCCCACCUUCAACACCCAUCACAAUUACAAGUCAUGGAUCCUCAAAUGCAGAAACAAAUCAAGGUGGUUACUAUUAGUGAAAGGUUUGAUGGAAAGACAGGAAUUGGAGCAUCAAAUACUUUGGGUCCUGGGAACUCGGUGUUAACGGCAUCAAUUCAGCCUGCUCAAACUCAGAUGAAAACUUUACAGAUCGCCAAGAAAUGCAUAUCCACUUCUUCUUCAACACCAAUGAUCACGAAAGUUAUCAUUGCCAAACCCAUCCAGAAGAAUAUUAUAACAGGUAGAGUUCUUUCUCAGAGUGCAAUCGGAACUGCCCCAAAUACCAUUACUAUUUCUGAAAGUGGUGUUACUGGAACCAGCCUCAAUCCCUUAACACAACAGACAGCCACCAAGAUAGCAAUCUCUCCACUGAAGUCUCCAAAUAAGACGAUGAAACCUGCUGUGCAGACACUAACUAUGGGAACAAUGAAUACCACCCAGUUCAAAACCAUCAUUCCUUUGGCAACAUCGCCCAAUGUUCAGCAGAUUCAAGUACCAGGCAGCAAGUUUCAUUAUGUACGCCUGGUUCCUGCGUCAACAGCCAGUGGCUCCUCCCAGACAGUCAGCUCCAGUUCCAGCACCAACACACAGCCCUUAUCACAAGCUAAGACAGUUGUACUGAAUCCACAAGUUCGCAUGUCGAUUCCAAUUGCACCAGCUCAGAAUAUUAAAAAUGUAGUUCCCAAACCAAUUGUCGGCACUACACAAAUGGUCACCACCAGCCAGCCCCAACAGAGACUCAUCAUGCCUGCAACUGCAUUACCGCAGAUCCAACCAAAUUUAACAAACCUCCCACCGGGCACUGUUUUGGCACCAGCGCCUGGAUCUGGCAGCAUGGGAUAUGCAGUGGUCCCAGCUCAGUACGUUACACAGUUGCAACAGGCCUCCUAUGUUUCAAUAUCCAAUAAUAAUGGAUUUUCUGGAACAUCCAACAUUCAGACUCAAGCAAAGCUGCCAAUCAAUGGAUCAUCCACAUCAGAAUCAGGAUCUCGACCUAGGAAACCUUGCAACUGUACAAAGUCUCAGUGCCUCAAACUAUACUGUGAUUGCUUUGCAAAUGGAGAGUUUUGCAAUAGUUGCAAUUGUACCAACUGUUUUAACAAUCUGGAUCAUGAAGCUGAGCGGCUUAAAGCAAUUAAGGCAUGUCUCGACAGAAAUCCAGAAGCAUUUAAGCCGAAGAUUGGAAAAGGUAAAGAAGGUGAAUCUGACAGACGACAUAGUAAAGGAUGCAACUGCAAGAGGUCAGGGUGCUUGAAAAAUUAUUGUGAAUGCUAUGAGGCAAAAAUCAUGUGUUCAUCAAUUUGUAAGUGCAUCGGCUGUAAAAACUUUGAGGAGAGUCCUGAACGGAAGACGCUAAUGCAUUUGGCAGAUGCUGCAGAAGUUCGUGUACAGCAACAAACUGCGGCAAAGACCAAGCUCUCGUCGCAGAUGUCUGAUCUACUCACCAGAACCACACCAGCUGUCACAAGCAGUGGGGGAAAGUUGCCUUUCACGUUUGUUACAAAGGAAGUAGCAGAAGCAACUUGUGAGUGUCUUCUUGCACAAGCUGAGGAAGGAGAGAAGAAUAGCCAAACAAAAGCUGUCACUGAACAUAUGAUUCUUGAAGAAUUUGGUCGUUGCUUAAUGCAGAUUAUAAACUCAGCGGGCAAAGCCAAAGGCGAUGCUUGUACUCUUAGCUGCUGAUCCAUGUGUGCUUCACUGUGGGAGCUGAACAGGAAGAAUCACUUGAAAAAAUUCUACGAUUUUAAAACAAAAAUGCUUAACAGUUUUGUGCUUGCCAUGUUUUACAGCUGUACGGUUAGCAAAGGCUUUCAAUAAGUCAGAUUAUUUCUUAGCAGAUUUUCUGCGAUUUGUCUGACUACGGUGCCUUUUUUAAACUUAAAUGCUUAGGAUACAAAGUAGAUUUUAUGAUGUAAAUCAGUGUGAAUAUGCAAAACUUAUGAAGGAGGCACAAUUUUGAUGCUUUUGGUGACAUUUUACAUAUUUUGCAUCCCUCUAUGCAAGGCUGCUUUCUUUGUUGAUCAUCUGUCAUCCAAAAUGUUAUGGUUUUGUUGACUAUUCUAAAUUCCAUCCCCCAGAAUGAUGACUGUCUUUUAGCCACAGGUACAAAUUGUUUUGGAAUUUGACAGUGGAGUACCUGCUGUUUAAUAACUUCAGAAAUGACUUUCUACAAAGGAUCAAGUUUUUUGAUGCAAGGACUCUGUUUUAAAAAUGUUGGAACCUGAGGGUGGAAAUUAGAUUUUAAUUGGCUGAAAAGCUCAGCAUUAUGUAUGAUUUUGUUUUGACAAUGUAAAUGUACACACCCUUCCUUUCGGGAUACACCAAUGAUCGAGUCACCUGGUCUGGAGCACAGUAAAAAUCUGUGGACCUACAAGUGCCAUUUGCUAGUAAUUGUGUUAAGUGGUGCUUUAUCACACGUGAUCAACUCGAAGGUGAGCCUUCUUCCUCUGUGGGAACUAGUAGUUAUCGGCUCGCUUGACCUAUUGAAACUUGCGCCUCUGAGUAACCAUACCUAAAAGCUGCCAAUGGACAGGGCUAUAGAAUGGCACAAAAUAGUGUGGCGAGAAGGAAUUUCUGCUCCUCCCACUUAAAUUGCCUUUCUUUGACCUUUUUUGCCAUGACAAGCUUUCAUGUAGAAACCUGUAAAAGGACCUGUUGACCUGAACAUAUUCAUUACAGUGACAGUGCAAAAUGCAAAAAUUCAAAACACUUUGUUUCUUAACCUCUAAAUACAGGCAGACCAUAACCUUUUCUUAAUUUGACCAUUGAAACUCAGCAGUAUCCUGUUUCUUUAAAAAAAUAAUAAAGUACUUUCUAAAGUAUUGCUACAUGAUUUCUUUGUGAUAUGCAGCUACAGAAAGAUCUAUUGGAGGUGUUGCCUGUUUAAUAUCAAGAUUAAGCAGUCAGUUUAUCAAAACCAGUGUUCUCAGUGUCAUAAUCUUCACAAAAGCUUGUUAAUUACUGCUAUUUUCAUAUAACAAGGAAUAGUCUGUUAACAUGCAACAGAUAAAAAUGUUUUUAAAAAUGUAUUUUUACAGAAUGUUAGAACAGGGUAUUUGAUGCUAAUUAAAAAUCCAUACAUGCCUUAGAUUAAUUAUGACUUGAGUGAUGACGUAUAAAAUGUGUUUUAAUGGACAACGCUUCUCAAGCUUGUACUUUAUCAGGUUUUAAGUGGGGAUAUGCAUUGUCUUUCUCUGCUGCAUCAGUGAUUGGCGUGCUCUACUAAUUUUGUAUAUACUGUUAAUUUAGUCACUGCAGCUGUAUUAUGUCUAUUUAAAUAUUGAACAUAAAAGACUUGGGCUAGCCAAAUGGCACUUGGAGUGAGUAUGUAGAUUGUGAAAAUUGUCUGGUUGUUUCUGUGGGUGUUUUGUUGGCAUUAAUUUGAAGAAGCAGGUUUCACAUUUUCCUGACUUUUUUCUUAUGUAUUUUCCUGUACAGUUUCUUCUCAUUUAUCCGUAUUUCCUCAUUCUUCGUGUAAUACUAUUUUCCCUACCCAAACAAAUACAACCCAGUAGGUUUUUAGCAACUGAAGUAUGCUUUAUUUACAUUACUUUCACCUUGUUUAAUAAUAUCUGGAUAAAUAGAUUUUAUAAUGAAAACUUUAAAGUCAUGGGUGCAAAUUUAUUUUAGUUGCGUUUUUUAAAAAUUCCUGUUGAAGUACUCAUGGCAGCCAGAUCAGAGAGCAUAAGUAAUAGGAGCAGAAAACGCGAAGAAACUCAGUUGGUCCGGCAGCAUCUGUGGAAAUAGAGAAUUGAUGUUAUUUCAUCAGGAUGGUCAUGAAGGAAGUUCAUCAAUCUAAAUCAUUAACUCUGUUUCUCCCUCUACAGGUCUUGCCUGACCUUCUGAGUCCCUCCAACAUUUUCUAUUUUAUGACUGAUUACCAGCAUCAGCUAUUAUUUUUUUUAAUUUUCAGUGAACAUUGGUGAUUGGUGAUUGUAAAUAUAUUUUCAGUGCACUUCAUUUUUCAUAUUUUAAUAUUUCUGACAGUUGAUUUAGGAUGCCCAUGUAACAUUAAGAAGCAGUGCAUGGUUUUUUUAACUACUUGUAGAGAUCCCAAUAAAUAUAACGUUCUCAAAGACAAUUAUGCUACCAAUUUUACAGCAUUCUAAUUGUGACAAUAUUCAUAGUUAACUGGUUAUUUCUAACAUUACUAUCAAAUUCACAGCUUGAUGAAUCCCAUGUAGCUAGAUUUUAAAUGUGUUUAAAUAGAAUGGUUAAUUUUUUUUUAAUAUAUCACCUUAUUGAUCAAUAAUCAACUUUAUACUAUUGAUGGCCUUUUUAUACAUAGGCAUUGAUUACAAGAGGAUAGAGAAUGAACCCAACGUGGCUGCAGUUUGUCAAAUUCAGUUAUAAUACGUACAAGCUAAAAUGUUAGCCCAAAAUGUUUUAAGAAAAUAGUCUUAUGGAGACCAAAAUUAUAUAUUUAAAUUUUUGUCGGAAGUUUGCUAUGUACUGGAGGUAUUAAUGUCUGAUACUCUGGAAUCUGGUGGCAUGGAUCCUUUACUGUCUGAUUUAAGUUUCAAUUACUCAAAUGCAUUGCUAUGGAGAAUAAAUGAAAAAACGCUAAUGAAAUCAUAACUCAUCUUCCCACUGUUCUUGGUUACCUCUUAGCAACUGGCUGUGAGGCAUUGGAUAACACAGAUAAGCAGUUGACUCUGAACCUUCACAUUUGCAGUCUGCUCACUCUAGUAAGAAAUUCUCACCUUCCUGAAAGUCAAACUGGAUAAGAUGUUUUGCAGUUUAGACUGCCGUUGUCUUUGGACUUUCUCUUUCUUUUUCUUCUUCUUGCAUAUGGCGUGCACAGCCUAAAGUUGUAGGACAACUUGUUCUAUUGAUCUUAUUUGAUUGUGCAUGCCGGGUUGGUGGCAUUCGUCUAAACAGGGUGGACCACGUGAAGGUUGCAAUCUUCCACCCCAACUUUCUCUUUCAGAUCACUGCAUUAUUUCUUACCCAAGGGAGCAAGAAAAUGGCUGUAGUUGCAAGUUGGGAGAAGUUUUAUUCAUGGGUUUCUUUAAUGUUUCUCUGUUAAAUCUUAAAACCCUUAUCCUAAGACUCAAAUUGUGUUAUUUAUUGUUAAAUAUUGUCUACUUGUACUAUCUGAGUUUCUGUGAUUUAAAAAUUUUAACCAUGAUGCCAAACCGUAUUGUUUUUCAGCACAGUGACACAACAUGCAAUCUUGUUGUAUUCUUGACCUCUAUCUUGUCCUCUCUUUACCAGUGACUUUUGUCAGCAGCUUUGUCAAGAUUACAUAGAGGUCUACCAGAAUAUAUGUAGCAAAGGCUCAAGAUCAAAAUGGUGGGUUGAAAAUAGUCUCUUUUGGUCUCGUACAUGGUCCCUAAAGUAAAACUCGCUUCAAAAAUUAUUCAAAUGUUGUUGGUCCCAGGAUUUUUUACAUAAUAUAAUCCUUCUUGACCAUAUCAUUCUGUUGUCUUAUUUUACUUUCAUUAAUAUUAAUUAAGAAAUUCAGAUUUCUCUUUAAUCAUCCUAAACCGUCAUCAGGUUAUCAUCUCCUUUGAAGCAUUCCAGAUUUUAGAAAUCACAAUGACAGUGAUUGGUCCAUGUUGUUUAUUUUUCGGAGAUACAUUUUAAGAAAAAGUAUCAAUGUUGACUAAUGGACAAAUUUAUUGCCUGAAUAAAGCUUGUCAUCUUGAAAUUAUAGCCUUGCUAGUUGCAUUGUGAAAUUGAGUGUGAGAUAUUUGAGGGGUAAAAUAUAACAUUACGAUUUAAAAAUACAACAUUAUGUGAUAUGAAGUGAUACAGUGUAACUAAUUGGGUUUACCAGCUAUUUUAUUAAAUUUAUAUUUUGUUCAGGAAUAUAACAGCAAUUAGUCAAACUUAAUGUUUAUUUUUAAAGAUUGCAUAUAUAUGGCCAUUUCUGUUUCACACAAUUUGAGGAAGUUAGAAUUGGAUUAUGACAUUGCAGAGUAUAAAUUUCUAUAUUUCAUUGUGGUUAUCUCUCAUCACCUGGAUUUGAAGCUAUUCUGAGGUUGUGAUGCCAAGCUUUGUUUGUUGAACGUCCAAAACUAUUUAUAAACUGAAGUUGAGCUCUUUCUUUUAAUUAAGUUUUGUCAAAACAUUUAUACUUGCUCUCUGCUUGCAUUUAAUAUGCUAGUGCACUAGCAGCAGAGUACAAGCUUGCAUCACUCUAUACAAUCACAUGGGGGGGUGGGGUAGCAAUUAUUUCAUACAGUUAAAAGCAAAGAAAGAUAGCACAAUACUUUUUCAUUUGUUGCUUCUUAUGUGUGCAUUUUGAAUAAAUAAACAUUGGCUGAUAUCUGUAAUUUCAUUGUUUUUGUUGCCUCUCUCAUCCUGUCUUUAAAUUUAUAUAUUCUGUGCUUUACUGAAAAUGAUGUAUGUAGAAUUGCUGUUGCUGCCCAAGAAAGUUUUACUGCUGCAAUGUUUCAUGACCUGGCUAUCAAUGUGAAACAGGUUCAACACUUUAAUUUUUAGAGAAAUCAGAUGUAAUUGCCUGAGCAUGGUAUACCUGAUUUAUCUUUAUCAUUUGCUCCUUCAGACAUUUAAAGGGAAUCUACACCACAUUAAACUGUACACAGACUAGCUACUUUUAAGGGAUCUGCAGCAUCUUCACUUUGCUACCAUGUGAUUUAAGUAUAAUUGACAUGUGGUUUUAAAGCAAUGCCCCCACAUGUCUUCUAUUCAUAGGACAUCAGCAUCUUAACAAUCGAGUACAAAAAUUAUGUUGCCGUGCUUUGAACAAAAUCAAACAUAAAUGUUUUUCAAGUUCCUUGAUGAUUUCACACAAUAUUUUUAAUCUAAUUCGAAGGUGUUUGUGUUAAUAAAUUUUACCAGUACUUAUGUUGUAGCAUCAGUUUUUUUGGGUUGUACUUUAAUGCCAAUUUUUAUAUAUGGUAAAUAGCUGCAUUUAUAAUAAAUAUUAUCAUUGGCCACUU